UUUUUAGCUCUUUAAUUUUUAUAAUAUUUCUUCGCUUAUUAGCAAAUAUUUAAACGUGAUUCUUUAACCAUAACAUUCAGUUACAAAACAAACUAAAUUACGAUUUUGUUAUUGAAAAUAAAUAUAUAAAAAAUUGUGUUGGUGUGCUGCAUGGCCACAGCUACAGAAAAUUUGUGGGUAGCCCAACAAAGACCGUUGAUAACGGCAUGGAUAAAGAAACAAUUUCCUUGGAUUAAUGCCAUACAGCAGCAUUUGCUCAAUAUAUCAAAUGUUGUGCCGCAACGUUUCAUCUUGUGUUUUUUCGGUUUCCUCGCCAUUGUCAAUGCCUAUACAAUGCGUCACUGUUUGGAUAUCGCUCUGGCGCAUAUCGUUGCACCCAAACGCAAGCAAAUACGCAUACGCAAUCUGGAUACCGUCAAGUUGAGUUCAUUCAAUUUAUAUGAACGCAUGGAACAACAUCGAAAUGGUACAUUAUUGAGUUUCAGCAACAGGCGUCAUGGUAAAGAUGACACCUAUGAUUGGUCUGAUCAGCUGCAAACAUUUAUUCUAGUCUCCUUUUAUGUGGGCUAUGUUUUGUCACACAUGCCAAGUGCUCAGCUUGCUAUGCGUUAUGGUGGCAAGUGGGUGCUUGCUAUUGGUUUGGCCAUAACCGCAUUGCUUACGUUGCUCACACCAGCUGUGGUGAAAUGGGGUGGUCCAUUGGCACUUAUAGCAAUACGUUUGCUAAUUGGCUUCAGUGAAGGACCAACGUAUCCAGCAUUAAGCGAAUUGCUCUCCAAAUGGGUGCCGGGUAAGGAGCGCGCAACGUUGGGCUCACUGGUGCUAAGUGGCAGUCAAAUUGGCAUUUCAAUGGGUAAUUUUAUAGCCGGCUUGCUAUUACAUCGCUACGAUUGGUCGUUGAUUUUCUAUUACUUUGGUGUAUGCACAUUACUUUGGUUCAUUGGUUUCACAUACAUGUGUUACAAUACGCCAGAGGAAAAUCCAUUCAUCAAAGUGAGGGAAAAGCAAUAUCUGCAAAAAGAAAUCGGUUUAGUAGAGCGUUGUCAGCAUAAAACGACAAAAACUCCAUGGCGGGACAUUUUUCGAAAUUUACCUAUGUGGGCGCUCAUUUCGGCCACCAUACAAUAUGAUUGGACACAGCUGCAACAUGCGGCUGAGGUUCCACAAUUUAUAAGAGACGCCAAACAGCAACCGUUAAUUGAAAAUGUGAUCAAUGGCUUGCAGAAUCAAAUGCCGUAUAUUAUGAAUUGGUUGCUGUCUGUGCUAUCCGGUGUGGUCUCGGAUUUGCUAGUCAACUAUGAAAUAUUCUCCGUGACGGUUAUGCGAAAACUGAUGGCAUUCGUAGCUGCAGUGGCUCCCAAUCUGUACGAUAGUCUACUGCCUUGUUUAACUUGCAGUGAAACGAGCAACUUAUUUGCCUUCUGCCAUUGUGCCAUAAAUGUUUUGGGCAGUUACUAUGCGGGCAUAAAAUUGACACCGUUAGACAUGAGUCCGAAUUUCGCAGCCACACUUAUGGGUAUUGCUAAUGGCAUAGGCUCGAUUUCGGGCAUCGUUGCACCCUUUAUUAAGCACUCGUUCGCUGGUUGGUCACAAUUCAAAAUUGUACACGCGUUUUUAUGGUUAAUCUCAACGCUGCUGAUAUCGGGUGAUAUACAACCAUUUGAUCAACUAAUCCCUUUGACGUCAGAUUCGAAUAAAAUUGAAUGAAAAUUGCGAUUAUUUGUUAUACUAAGCAAUUAAAAGCUAAAAAGUGUGCCGUUAAACAUAUAUUAUGAAUUUGUGUAGAGUAAAUUAAUUUUGCCAUCACAUUUGUAACACCCACAAGAAAACGUCGAAGAAUCUAUAAAAUGUAGCCACGUCGGUCUUUCACAGUCAGGAGACUGUACAUAUAUCCAAACU